AUUUUCCCAUCAGGGGUGAUGAAGCUCAAAACCGGAUCCCAGGUAGGAGGAGGAGGAAGAGGGCUUCAUCCCUAGAUUCUGCUUCAUGAUAACUGAAAGAGAAAGUAAUCCUAGAGUAGGAAAUAAAACACAACAGUCAGGGCUUCAUCUCCAUUUGCAGAGGACGCUGCUCAGGCUGAAAUAAACGAGUUAUGGAGUUAAAGGACAAACAACAACAAUCCCCACGUGAGGCACGGGUGGGAGACAGAGUAAAGCCUGUCGCCAGACCAAAAGAGAAGAUUCAGCAGCAGCAGUCAGAGGAGGGGGAGGUGGCUGAGGAGUCCGCCAUCCCCACAGAUCUGGAGACCUGGAUCAAAAAUAAUGCCGAAGACCUGAAGAUCCGGCUGACAGACCGUCGCUGGGCUGCUGAGGUGGUCAACGAUUUUCGUGAGAAUCUGCUGAAAUUCCUUAACAAUGAACCUUUAUUCAAGUCAGCAGAGUGCCUCAACGCCGGCAGCUACUUUGAGAAAGUUAAGAUCCACAUGCCUGAUGAGUUUGACAUGAUGCUGACGUUUCCAGGCAGCCCAAACCUACGCCUCAACCCGAUGAAGCUCGACGGGGGUCUCUUCUACCGGCUCGAUCUCACCCGGCCCACUCGACAACCCAUUAAGGAUUUUCUUCUGGAGAACAACCUCACCCUCUCGUCGAGCAAGGUCCUGAAUGAGAUGCAUCGCCUGGUCCGCAAAUUCCUCAAGACCUACAAAGUGCCCGAUGAAUGCUAUCGCUGGGAGGUGAACAGGAAGCGCGUGCACUCUCCGGCUGUCACUUUGUCUCUCUUCAAAACUGACAAGAACAGCGAGGAGCUGAUCUCCGUGGACGUGGUUCCUGCGCUCGAGGUUCAAAGUUGGCCGGCUGCGGUUCGUAAUGGCCUGGAUGUAUCCAACUGGCUGGGAAAGAAAGCUCUUCAAGACAUCCGAAGAUUGCCGUGUUAUUUUGUACCAAAGAGGCAGAAAGGACGAAACCUCAGCGAGGACGCCAAAGAGAGCUGGAGGAUCUCUUUCUCUCACAUUGAGAAGAAAAUCAUCACGUCUCAUGGUAACAAGAAAACCUGCUGUGAGAGUCGUGACACCAAAUGCUGCCGAAAGCGGUGCUUAAUGCUCCUCAAAUCUCUGAUUGAGGGUCUAAAACAACGUUUUCCUGAAGAGCUGAAUGACCUCUGUUCGUACCAUGGGAAGACCACCUUCCUGCACACCCUGUCCACCAGGUAUGACGAUGCCAAAUGGAACCCUCAGGACCUUCCUGUCUGCUUCCUGUAUCUUGUCCGGGCGCUGGAGGACUAUGCGAGCAGAGGCAACCUCCCUCACUUCUUUGCUCCCGAAUGCAACCUCUUCUCGCCGUCCUCCUUCUCUCGUAAAGCUCUGGCUUUCCUCGUCAGUGCCCUGAAGGAGCAGAGGAGGGAGGGCCUGCCCCUACUGAAGCCUCCAGCUCUGGUGCCACCUCUGAUGCCCAGGGAAGAUUUAGAUGAAACCUGCAAUGAGACGUUUGAGGAAAGGUCCUUCGUACUGGUUCACUUUGUGGACGCAGCACUGAUGAAAAAACUGGGUGUAGCAUUUACUGUCCUGGUGGGUUAUGCCUUCUAUAUCCUGUUAUCCUGUUAAGUAAUGAGAAAUGUGAAGUAUGAUGCUGAUUAAGUGAAACCCUGUGACCAAAAACUGAUUUCAGACAUUUCAGGUGAAAUCCAAUUAACGUCAUUGUACAUUGUUUGAUGUUAUGAAGUAGUUAUAAAAAAAACAUUUUACAUCCUGAUAUUUUCUUUACUUAAUAAUAGCAUUAAACUUCCAGGUGGACCUAUAGUGCAUGUCGUAGAGCUAUUCCAUGGCAGCCUUUCGAGCCAUGAAAUAGUUCAUUGAUGUCAUUAAAGGUUAGGUUGUGUUCACAUUAUUUACCUUUAUUAUUAUUGUUGUUGUUGUUGUUGUUGUUGUUGUUGUU